CAACCUCCCUUCAACCUCAUCCCUGUCACAAAGAGGAUAUAAAGAGGACCUAAAGAAGGAAUAGUACAAUACGACAUCAGUCAGCUUAGAAAGAGGUCACUUGCGAUGGCUCUAACACUACAAAUGAAGAAUUAUCUGGAGUGCGGAAUGUGCCCUGAGGGUGUGAAUGACCGCACCACCCGCCGUCUCUCCUGCGGUCAUCCAGUAUGUGUCCCUUGCUUGGCUGCAUUGUUCAGAGCGUCAAACACAGUCUGCUGUCCAGUUUGCAAUAUUAUUCAUUGGAGGAUAGGACCUUAUGACAAUAGGGUUGUUCCCAAGAACUGUCUUCGUGUCUGGAAAGUGAAAGGUUCCAACAGCUUAAGAACUGAUCCCCUCCACAAAAGGGAAGAUGGCCGUUUUAACAUGAGACGAGAGGCUAUGGUGAGCUUCAUUCUUUCCAGCUUUGAAAGUGAUCGCGACUUAAAUGUAUAUAGAAAUGCUCAAGGUAUUUUUGAAUUGUUCUAUAUGUAAAUAUGCUUAUGAAUCAUGUUUCGAAUCUGAGACAUUGCAACUUUGGUCUUUCAAUAAAAAUAUACAA